AUGACAUCGAACACCGAUAUCAUUCAGGUUCAACCCUCGGCAGUUACACCUAGGUCAAGUGGGGGUCCUAAAGUUACUUCUGAGCGUAAAACUCCCAUUGUCACCAAAGAAAACAGAAAACGCCAUUCUCAACCAUCCACAUCUGUUAAAGAAAUGAUAACUUAUUUUGAAGUCAAAAAAAAUAAGGAUCCAUCAAUGAAAUCUGAAAUACAAGAGAAAAAACUGCCAUACCUAAGAGUCAGCGUUUUGUGCUUUCAUUUUGAACUUGUGCUUGCUAUUGAGCUGAACUUUCUAAACGAAUUAAAUAAAAGUUUGGCACUACGUAUAACUGUAUCUAAAAGCUCUAUCAAACCGAACUGCUCACGGGAAACACACGAAAUGAAGCAUCCGGUUCAGCAUUACAUCCUUGUAGUUCAAGCUCAAGACUCUGGCCAUCCUGCACUAUCCAGUACUCUAACAGUGUACUGCAACGUCUUGGAUCUCAACGACAAUGCUCCUCUUUUCGACCCAAUGUCCUACAGCAAUGAAGUGUUCGAAAAUGUGACCGUCGGAACCGCUGUGGUUACCGUUAGUGCUACUGACGCUGAUUCUGGAAAAAAUCGUCAAAUCGUGUAUUCAAUUACUUCUGGAAAUGAAGAAGACGAAUUCGAAAUUUUACAAAAUGGCUCUAUCGUAACGAGGAAAUUGUUGGAUAGAGAAUCACAAGCUGUUUAUAAUUUGGUGGUAACAGCAACUGAUCAAGCUGUUGCUCCGGAAAGGAGACUGUCAUCUACAGUGCAGGUUACAAUUCUUCUGAAGGACGUCAACGAUAUGGCUCCCGAAUUUAUCACCCCCAACGAAACCUCCGUCGCUGAGAACAUCCCCAUCAACACCGUUGUCAUGGCAAUCAAGGCAGUCGAUAAAGACGAGGGACGAAACGGCUACAUCGAGUACUCCCUCUCGAAUGAUCCCGUAACCAAUGGAGUUUUCUCGUUGGGUCCUGCGGACGGAUUGCUGCGCGUCGGAGGAAAAAUCGAUAGGGAAAUGACGAGCAACUAUACGUUAGUCGUGACAGCGAGAGAUAGAGGGGAUCCUCCUAAGAUGACCAAUAUGAGACUAUUCGUUAAAGUAUUGGACGAGAACGAUAACAGUCCCAUUUUCGAUCCUAAGCAAUAUAGUGCAUCCAUAUCAGAAAACGCCUCCAUCGGCGCGAGUGUCCUACAGUUUACUUCUCCGCAGGUCUCUGCAACAGAUAUUGAUGACAAUCUGAACGGUCGUGUGAGAUAUUCCAUCAGCUCAGGUGAUGCCAACAGAGAUUUCACCAUAGCUGAAGAUUCAGGUGUGGUUAGAGUAGCCAAAAACCUCAAUUAUGAGCGCAAAUCGCGCUACGAAUUGAUCGUCCGCGCCGAAGACUGUGCAGGAGAUAUAAAUGGAGCUGCUGUUCGUUCGGACACCGCCAAAAUAUCGAUAUCUGUUUCUGAUAUUAACGACAAUCCUCCCACGUUCUUGGACUCACCUUACCUGGCCUACGUCAUGGAGAACACCAUACCACCGAACGGUGGUUACGUCAUUACCGUGAAGGCUUACGAUGCUGAUACACCACCGUUUAACAAUUUGGUGAAGUAUUUCAUCAAGGAAGGUGAUACUGAUAUCUUCAGGAUCAAUGCUUCUACUGGAGACAUUUCAUUGUUGCGGGCACUAGACAGGGAGAUUCAGGAUGAAUAUAUCUUGAGCCUAGUUGCCAUGGAUACCGGUAAGUAG